UUCAAAAUGGCGUUUGUUUUGUUUUGUUUAUGUUAUGUAUCCAAAGAUGUGAAGACUGUUGUUCAUGGAAUUUAAAAUUUCUGAAUGUGGUACUUAAUUACGAACGCAUUUCGAAACAAAUAACAGAUUUUAUUAAUAUGUUACGCGGUGUUGGCGUUUUCGGCACUGGCAAAAUAAUUCGUGUUCUUGUACCAUUUCUGCGCGCUAAAGAAUUUAGAGUUGAAGCUAUCUGGGGAAGAACUAAAGAAGCGGCUGAAAAAGUCGCUGCAGAAUUAGAUAUACCAUUUGCAACAGAUAAAGUCGAUGAGGUUCUGCUUCGGAAAGAUGUGGAUCUGGUAUGCAUUAUAUGUCCACCCCACCUACAUUCUCAGAUAGCUGUUAAAGCAUUGGGAAUAGGCAAGCAUGUUGUAUGUGACAGACCUGCUGGCUUGUGCCAGUCGGAGGUCUUGAAGAUGGUCCAUGCCGCACAAUAUUAUCCUUCUCUUAUAUCUAUACUUUUUCACACUUUGCGGUUUUUACCUGCUUUUGUACAGAUGCAGAAGGUUGUUCGUGAUGGUUAUAUUGGUGAUUUAACUAUCUGUGAUGUUCAAGUGCAGUGUGGCAGUCUGCUUCAUGAUCGCUACGAUUGGACUUGUGAUGAACUUAUGGGAGGGGGUCUUCUGACAAAUGUAGGAAGCCAUAUAAUUGAUAUAAUUACAUAUACAACUGGGCGCCGUGCCUUGCGUGUUCAUGGUAUGGUAAGGACUUUCACCAAAACUUGCCAUUUCAAGGGAAUUAGGCAGAUUACAAGUGAUGACUUUUGCACAUUUCAGAUGGAACUAGAAGGUGGUGGAUGUGCAACUGUCACUUUAAACGAACAUCUGCCUGGCCAAUUUAGCCAAGAAGUACUGCUUUGUGGAAGUGAAGGGCACGUCGUUGUGCGAGGGGGUGAUCUUUAUGGCCAAAAACUUACUGCAAUGAAAGAAGAAGUCUUAUAUCUGGAUAUUGAAGACUUGAAGCAGUCAUCUGUCAUUUCUCACAAUAGUACCUUGCCUUCAGCUGACAAUAACAUCAAUGCUUUAUUGCCAAAACCAUAUAUGAAGGGAUUAAUGAAAAUGAUAGGAGCUUUGAGAGAUGCAUUUGCUUCUCAAGAAGAUCUUCAAAGUUGGGUGAAAGAGCCAGUGGCUAUGGCAGCAACAUUCGAAGAUGGUCAAUAUAUUCAAGCGGUCAUUGAUGCAAUUCGACUCUCGUCGAAAGGUAGAGAGUGGGUAAAAGUAGAACUAUUGACUGAAGAUCCAGAUGCCCAACAACACUUGUUGUCCUCUAUGCCUUAGUAUGCUUGUAAAAUUACUCUGCAUUUGUAUAUAUUACAUUUCUUAUCAUAAAUCGAAGGAUUUAGAAUUGUUAUAUAAAAAAAUUUUUCAUUAAAGUUUAUUUCAAAGUCAUCAUAAUUUUUAUAACAGUCAUUUAAUAAGUUGAAUUAGAAAAUUUUAAAUUACAUAUGAUAUUGAAUAUUUAUUGAAAAAAUUACUUAAAUAAUCUAUUUUAGAUUAUAUUAGUGAUUUAUAUUAUGAACAGUUAUC